CACUCACGUGUUCAUUAUUAGAGGCUAAAACGAUGAUUCACUAGUUGUCCUUUGCUGUUAGAUUAAAUCUCUUAGCAUAGCAUGUGCUAUGUGUGCUAAGUCUAGAUGUUACGCUAAGAUGGCGCUCAACGGAGCAAAUGAAGAGGCACCCAGGGAGGGCUUUUCAGCCGAGGAGGGAUCCAGCGUCUGCCUGCGAAGCCGACCAUGCUCCAGCGAGAGGGACCGUCAGGUGCGAGCUGUCAAAGCCGCUCUCCAGUCCACGUUAGGGCCCUACGAGCCCGUCCUCACCUACCUGCAGUCCGUCCUGGUGUGGGAGAGACCCUUUCAGUGUGUGCUUCUUUAUAUCGUGGUCAACGUUGUGUUCUGGUUCCUCGCCCUGACCUCGCUGCACCUGCUGUUCCUGCUGGCUUCUGGUCUUGCUGUGGUGGUCUGCAUUGACACAUGGAGGAACAAGAUCUGGCCAGAGAUUAGAGUGAGAAACUUGGAUGAAUCAGAAAACGAGAGUUGGGGCCUGGUGCAGCCUGGCAUCCUCAGCGUACCAGAGCUGUGCCACCACUUAGCUGAGGCCUGGGUCAGUGGAGCAGUUCUCACAUCCAGCGUGAUUCAGUACAAACGAGCCUACCCUGGCAAGUUUUGCAUCUUUACCUGCGGAGUGUUUGCUUUUUUGGCCAUGGUUGGGCAAUACAUUCCUGGAGUGGCUCUCUCCUACUUUGCUGUCUUGGCUUCCCUCCUGGCUCCUCUGGCAGCUCAUCACAGGGUUUUUCAGCACGUGUGUGUGAAGCUGGAGCCAGCCCUGCAGUGGCUGGACUUCAGCAUUCAUGGAUACAUGAUGUCGAAGCCCAUUGAUAACCAGUUUCUGAGGAGGUCGAUCCGAGGUCCAGCUUCAGGUGAAGCCAGUGACAGUGAGGAGGAGCUGGCUGCUUUCUGCCCGACAUUUGAUGACGCUGUUGUUGCUAAGGAACUUGCACUGACCGACUCUGAACACUCUGAUGCCGAGGUGUCCUAUACUGAAAAUGGAACCUUCAAUCUGUCCCGUGGCCAAACCCCACUCACAGAAGGCUCUGAGGACCUUGACAGGCACAGUGACCCUGAGGAGUCCUUUGCUCAAGACCUCCAGGACUUUCCCUCAAUAAACCCUGAUGCCACUCUGAUGGAUGACGAUGACGACACAAGCAUCGGACUACCUAGUCUAGGUCCAUCUGGGCUUUCUAGUCACCGGGCUUCAGUUCUGGAUGUGGAUGCUCAUUUGGACUCAGACCAGGAGGAUCUCGAUGCAGAACUGUCUCUCAGCGGCCUCCCACCCGCCUCUGAUUUCACUGGAGACUUGGCUGGAGUCAUCGCCAGCAACAUGAUCCAGGCAGCGUUGGUCGGGGCGCUGCAACCCCGGCCGCCUGCUGCUCAGCGCAGAGAGGGGCCUCCCAAAGCUGGAGCCCACAGAAGCUACCGCAAACAGUCCAGCUCUGAACUGGACACAGACUUGGAUGGGGAGGACUUUGAAAUGCUGGAUCAGUCUGAACUGAACCAGAUGGAUCCUAUUGGUGGAGGAGGGGCUGUGAGGAGGGGAGAAAGCCAGGGGUCUACCUUUCUGUCUAGCCUGCUGGGUAAACCACAGUGAGGUGUGUGUGUAUGUGUGCGUCUGCGUGCACCACUGCUACUUUAUUGGUGAAUGUGUGCUGUGUUUCAGCAGUUCUGAUUGGCAUCAGUUUAACACUGUGAAGUAUUCUAUUUUCUGUCUUUCCUUUUCCCUUUACCUGUCAACUCUGAGCAUAUAUUUUGUAGGCUGAGCAAUAGGAAAUGCAACAAAAACCUAUAAACCCAUACAGACAGUAAAUAAACCAGCAUCGUUGAGCCUCGUUGCAUACUUGUAAUUGUAUGCAACCAUGAGUUACAAGCAUCAUUUUUACUAACGAUAGGUAACAGUAUCCAUGCAAUCUUUUAUACAAGGAGGUCCAGACAUACAGGGCUAUUUAACAUAGGACCAAAUAUGACAUUCCUGUUGGUUGAGCUGAGCCACGUUGCUUUGAUAAUGUCACAAUAGAAUAGCAGCAGUACACGUUUUGAAAUAGACAAAUCAACCCUUGUUUUUUUUCUGUCUCUGUCCUUUCAGGUAACGUGUGGGUUUAUUCUGUUACACUAUUAUGUUUCAGGUGUAGAGAACUUGAUUAGUAUUUUAAAGAACAGUGGUGGAUUCACACAGUGAUUCUUUGCUGCCGUGAUAAAUUAUAGUUUUUAAAAAUUAUUUUAGCUGCGUUCUGUUUGCUUCCUUUUGUUUUCACUGUCAUAUCUUUAGUUCAGUUUAUUACUUUGAGAAUUUAAAAUUAGUCUUAAAAUAUCUGACCUAAGGGAACCUUUGAACUUUGCUGUGUCCCAGGGUGAGAUUUUAUUUUCUGUCAGAUGAAGACUUUAUUUUAUUUCUUUCUUAAAAACAGCUCAAUAACAUAUUGUGUCCGUGUUUAAUACCUCGAAUGAGUCCUCAGCUUUGAGUGUUUUCUUUUCAGAAGUAAUGUUUAAACAAAUGUCUUUUAUCAUCUUUGCAUUUCAUGUAGUUUUGUAAUCAAACCUUUAUUUCUUAGAUCUUGUACAAUUUUAAUGGGGAAACAUGUUUACAUCAAUAGUAACGUGCUUGCAUCCUCUUUGAAGAAUGCUAUUUUUUAAUAGAGAAAGAAACGCAUUGCUUUGUUUCAUUGGAUUAUUUUGACAUGAAAAUCCAAAUCUGCAAAGGAUUGGCACCGUAGAACAACGAAUGGAGGUUGAAAAGUUUGCUUUGACUUUGAGGCUGGAGGAGACACGUGAGCAGGUAGAUUUGAGCUGACCUGCUUUAAAAUUGCGUUUCCAUUCAGUCGGCUCCUCAGUUUGAUGACGUCAUGUGCAAAGUAGUGUAUUUUCUUUUCUGGAACUUGGUUUUGAUAUGUUUUGAUGUGUGAAUCGUAUAAAAUUAAAAAAAAAAUUCAAUUAA